GUAGUGAAAAAUAUAAUUACUUAAGAUGAUAAUGAAGUCAUUGCAACGAAUUUGGAAUCUGUCCAUGGAUACAGCAUUUUGGCUUUUCAUGAAGUACUCAUUGAAGAUGAUUUGUAUCAAGGAACAAUCAAGCUUCUGCAUACAUUUUGACUCAGUAUUUGACUUUAGAAGGCUGCGAUUUAGAAUAGCAUCCCCCGAUUUCGGGAUUAAAAUGGCAGUGGCGCUCAACGCAAUAAAAAUCCAAACACGCGUGUUUGAUAAUUCUGCGGCCCAUAUCCAAUUUCUUUGGCGCCGCGAUUUGAAGGUACCGUUGGAAAGAGGAAGUCCUCCUGAUUAAAAAAUAUAUAGGGUUAUAGG